UCUUUUAUUUGUACAAAACUUUUACAAAAGUUUAAACAUUCUCAUUAUUUUUUCUUUCACAAGAUAAUCAAAAUGAAACAUGUAUAUUUUUAAUUUAGUUAUAAAUUACAUAGAAAAUCUUAUAAGAUUUACAAGUAAAUUUGUUAAACACGGCCAUAUAAGUAAAUAAUAUGUAUGAAUAAGAAGUACAACAGUGUCAUCUAGCGGAAAGUUUCAAAAAUUAUGACACCAAAUAGAAAUAGUCAAAUUAUUUACUUUACAACCAUCGAUAAAUUAUAUUUUUUUCUCCUUUCUCCAUGAUACUACAUUUUUACAUGUAUAAUUAUUAAUUAAUUAAUGUAUAUAAUAUUUCAGUAAUAAAAGUUAAUAAAAACAGCAUUUUGUACACAAUAUUAAGAUUAAUUCAUUAUAGUUUACAAAUGAAAUUAUAAAAGUGCUUAGUGAAGUUAUUAGCUCGAUAUCGCAUUAUUAGUAAUAGUCGUUCUGGAGAUUUAAAUUUUAAUAUCUAAUAUCAAAAAUAUAUGUUAUUAUUUUAAUAUAUAUAUGUAUAUAUAAUAUUAAAAUUUGAUUUAUAAUUUGAAUUUGAUUCAAGGUCAAAACAUAGAUUACGCAUGCACCUGUAGUCAGUGAUGUAUUUAUGCGUAAGCCGUGGAAAUGAUCGUCUCCAUGCGAUAAUAUUAAUUUAUAUUACAUAAUAAAUUUAAUGUAAUAUCUGAUGCCUAAUAUACAAUUAUUAUUUCUAUAUCCAUGACUAUAAUUUAAUCUGAGCAAUGUAUUUCUUACUUUAUCAUUUGUAUUAACAAUUAAAACGAAAAAAUACAUAUUAAGUAUAAUCGAUUUAUUUUAAUGAUCCUUAAAAAUUUAUAAUGACUCAGGCCCCUCGAAAGCUAAAUCCUUCACUGUAUGUAAUAACGCCAAUGAAACAACAUAUAAAACUUUUUAUGUUUAAAGGCAAUAUUGUAGGUAGCGAAUUGUAUCUUACACACUUUUGAUUGGUUAGAAAUAUUGAUGUUAAACAUUUGAAAUGUUAAAUUUUUUUUUGUUUAAUAAAUUUUAUUUAGCCCGUGUGGGAAAUCGAUUAUCCGAAAAUAUUUGAAAAGUCAUAUUUACUUAAAUAAAAUAUAAUCUAUUAUAUUUGUUACAAAAUUCUAUGAAAAAAUUAAUAAAAUAAAAUUAAUAUGAAUAACAUAAACAUACAUGAUGCUAUUGUAAAGGUUACUCAAAUACCAAGAACAGAUGAAGAUGUAUAUUUUGUUCGACUUGACAAACCGGACCAAUCUUGGCUUGAUCGUAACAUAAAUUUAAAGAAUGUUAAGAUACCAAGAAAUAUACAGUUAGUAGAAGCAGAUAUUUCAGAUAUAUCAAAUGAUAUGGAUUCAAAAUAUUAUUUAAAUGAAAAUGAAAUAUUCUCUUCUAUAAAAGCUGUAAAUGGUGGAAUAAAUUAUUCUAAUAAAUUUCUAGAAUAUCAAUGGGAAUUAAAACAAAUGAAAAACAAUUUAAAUACAGAGAAUAAUAACGCUAAUAUAUCAAGCAGUAAAACUAAUUCUGAUUAUAACAGUGAUGUUAAAUCAUCAAAUGUACAGAACAUCGAGUCAUCAAAUGUACAGAAUACCGAGUCAUCAAAUGUACAGAAUACCGAAUCAUCAAAUGUACAGAACACCGAGUCAUCAAAUGUACAGAACACCGAGUCAUCAAAUGUACAGAAAACCAAGUCAUCAAAUGUACAGAAUAUUAAUACAGAUAAAUCGAGAAAAAAUAUUGAAAAUAAUGAAGAUUCCCAUUCUGUUCAAGAAAUUUUAAAACAGUGUAAGCUUUCAAGGAAUGCUUUAAUCUUAGGACUUUUAAACAGUAAGCAAAUUACUACAGAAGAUUUGCACAUACCAAGUUUAAAACAUGAAACAUUCCAUAAUCAGUCUGAUCUUCAAACUGAAGAUAUUGCUGUUGGAAAUCAUUUAAUACAGCAUCCAGAAGAUCCAGAUGUAUAUAUUCAUCCAUUACAACUAAUGAAAAAGUCAAAAGAUCAUGCUAACUUAAUGAUAGAUUAUGUCGGAAUAAAGGAAGUAGUUACUCCAAAACAAUAUUAUAUUAAUGAGACUGAUAAUAUGUCAUUUAAUUUUAUAAAAAGAAAUGUAGAAAACAAAUAAUUGUAUUUAUAAAUUUAGUAUUAAAUAUGAUUUUUUAUAUAGUUUAGAAGGUCCAGUAUAAUUUAAGAAGUAUGCAUAAAAUGUGAUAUUGAAAGAUAUUAGAGCUUGAAAUAUGAGCUGUUAUAUUACUGAAAAAGUAAUAUGAAUAAGGCAAAAGAACACCAAGAAAGUUAUUUUUUAAAAAAGUAUUUGUCAGCUAAAUAUUUUAUCAAAUUAUAUAAGAUUUCAUGAUCGUGAUAAAAUAUUUUAAACCUAUACAAAUUGACAUGAAAAUAAUACAGUGUAAAUAAUGAAACAAUAAAUCUAUUUUUUUUAUUAUAGUCAUAUGAUUAUCGAAAGUAAACAAACUACCUAGAAAAAAAACAAAUUAUAUUUGUAUACAAAUUUUAAACUAAAUUUAUUUACAUCUUCAAAAAGUUUAGUAAAACAUUAAUAUAAUAUUGUGAAUAGCUUUAUGUAAUGUAAUUAAUUAUUUACUACAUGAAGUAAUAUACAUCUACCAUGUAUAAAUUUUUGAUAUAAAUAUACAUUUGUAUUUGUAAAAAAAUUAAUUUUUAUACAUAUGAUAUAUAUAUAUGUGUGUAUACACACACACACACACACACACACACAUAUACAUAUUUGGUAUUAUUCAUAUAAAUUUUAUUUUACAAUUAUAAAUAUAAAAAUUAUCACUAUAAAGUUAGCACAAAAUUACUAUUACGACUAAGUACUUACAAGUAAAAAAAUAUCCAUUGCCAUUUGGAUCAUAGAUAUUGUAUAAUGCUCGUAGUAUUUAAAUUUUGUAUAGAUGGAAACAAAUCAAAUAUGCAAAAUAAAAUAGAUGAAAUAUAUUACAAUAGA